GACGCUGGGGGCGGGCGCAGCCGUGGUGUUGCACAUCUGGCAGGUUGCACGGCUGGCAGGUUGCACAUCUGGCCGCACCGCUGGCUCGCACGGCCCUGCCACAGGGUGCCGGUGCCGCAUGGCUCCCCCCAGAGCUCUCCGGGACCUGACCUUGGCCCUGGGGGCCGCCGUGGUAGCGCUGGGCUCCCUCCUCUUCAUCGCCUGGAAGCUCUACUUCCGCGACACCGAGCUGGGCGCCAGCUGGGACAGCUGGUGGGAGCGGGAGGUGCAGGAGCUGCGGGACCGAGCCCCCGCCGGCAGCACGGUGGAGUGGAAGCAGGUGCUGGUGCUGGGGCUGGACGGAGCGGGGAAGAGCAGCGUCCUGCACUACAUCUGCAGCCAGACGGCCAGAAAACGCAUCCCUCCCACCCUGGGCUUCAACUCUGCCCAGCUGCACGUCGAGGGGCUGGAGAUGGACCUGCUGGAGGUCGGCGGCAGCCAGAACCUGCGAGCGUACUGGUCCCACUACCUGAGCGAGGCCCACGUGCUGGUCUUCGUGGUGGACUCUGUGGACAGGUCGCGCCUGCGGACGGCCCGCCAGGAGCUGCACGCGCUGCUGGAGGAGGAGCCCCGGCUGCCCCUGGUCGUGCUGGCCAACAAGCAGGAUAAGAGCGAUGCCCUGAGCACGGAGGAGCUGCAGGAGGAGCUGGGCCUGCACUCGCUCAGCGGCCAGCGGGAGCUCUUCCUCCUGCCCACCAGCGCGACCUGGGCCAGCCUGAGCACGGCCACCAGCGUGCUCCGUGUGAGGAGCCUGCUGGUCAGCCUGCUGUCCCAGCCCUGAGCCCGGGCAGGCUCCUGCUGGGACUCGUCAGCAGGUCCCACGGCACGUGCGGCACGCACCCCGCGAGGUUUGGGAUUGAGCUGAUGCGCGGCUGCCCUCGGGGACACGAGCAGCAGGCUCUCUGCCACGGGGAGAGGGCAGCCGCCCCCCUAAAUCAGGGGGCAAAACCUCCAUUGGGAGGCACGAGCAGCACCCUGACCUCCUGGUGAGCGGGAAACACAGCACGGGCAGGGCCCUGCACCUACACGGCAGCCCUGCAGGAUAUUGGGGCUCAAUUGCCAAGCUAGCUGCCCAGCAGGCUCCCCUGGGACAGGUGAGAGGCACAGAGCAGCGUGGCAGCCACGAGGAAGCUCUCGGGGGGCAGGAGCAAGUCCCUCGCCCUGCUGUGAUGGCAACAGGGGCCCAGGCAGCACAGCUUGCGAUGCCCCUGGCCUCCCUGGAGCCGAUGUGGCUGAUGCAGCCCCAAACAAGGGGAGGAAACCACCCCCUGCUCACAGCUUUCCUGUGCUGAUGAAGGCUACGUGGGCUCUCCAGCCCAAAAAGCAGGCUGAGAUGCUGCUCACGCAGCCCCGUGCCACAGCCCUGCCGCCCAGGCUGGCCUGGCGCACAGCUGUGGGAAUAACCAGCUCGGGCUGCGCACAGCUCGCCUUCAACCUCUAUUUUAAAAGUCCUGUUGAGCAGAGGUGGAAGCAGGCACCGCGCAGCCCUGCUCUGCUCCUUCAUCCUGAACGGGGGGCCAAGGAUGUGCUGCUGCUUGGUAGGAAUUUGCCCCGCUGCGUGUUCUCCCUCCUCAGGGCUCAGAGGCCGCAGACAGCCCUGCCCGCGGGUGGGCAGGCUGCUGCCAGGCACAGCGCUGGGCCCCGGAAAACUGAUAGAAGCUGGGGAGCGCUCUGGGGGAAGGGACUACAUGCCGGCCAGUCUCUGCUGUGAAACCCUUUGUACGGUUGCUCCUUCCUCUUGUCAAUAAACGAGGCAAAUCUCUC